AUGGUUACAACCAGGCGCGCUAAAAAAAACUUACCCACAUAUCCUGAAGAAACCACACGAACAACGGUAACGAAACCAUCGAAUGCUCCCGCGCAGACGAUAAAUGAAGAACAGCUACAAGAACAAAUCGCAGAACUAUCCAACGCCAGGUACAAGUAUCAGAAGUCCAAGAAUAUGUCUUACAUCGAGCUUAGAGAUGGAACGACGAUGCCUGCAAUCGCUAUUGGAACGGCAUUGCUUGAACCAAAGCUGGUCAAACACAUAGUGUCCGCAGCAAUCGACCUCGGCUACAGAGCCAUAGACACAGCUUACAUCUAUGGGAAUGAGAACGCUGUAGGCGAGGCGAUAAAGGCUAAAAUUGCUGAGGGUACUGUUACACGUGAGGAACUCUUCGUUAUAUCGAAGCUGUGGAGUACCUUCCACCGUCGUGACCUCGUCAUGAAGGCUUGCAAGCAGUCCUUAGAGAACAUGGGCUUAGAUUACUUCGAUCUAUACUUGAUACAUAAUCCUAUGUCGUUUAAGGAAGGUAACAAUCCAUUGCCAAAAAUAGCGAAUGUGCUCCAGUACUCCCAACACGACUACCUCGAAGCUUGGUACGGUAUUGAGGACGUGAUAAGGAAAGGACUGGCGAAGAGUGGAGGAGUCAGUAAUUUUAACUCGGUACAAGUCGAGAGAGUCGUGGAUAAGGGCAAGAUCAAGCCAGUUAUUAAUCAGAUCGAAUGCCAUCCUUACCUAACACAACAACGCUUGGAAGAUUUUUGUUCAAUCCGCAACGUUAAACUGAGCUGCUACGGUGUGUUGGGCUCUAAGGGCACACCAGAUGAGAUGAAGAGUGGUCUCCCACCAGUUAUCGAUGAUCCCUUAGUGAAGGUCAUGUCUGCUGGGCUAGGGAUCACUCCAGCUCAAUUACUGAUAGCAUACCAACUCCAAGCUGGUCGUAACGUGGUGGUGAAAGCCUCGAGUCCCCAACGCUUGUGGGACAAUUUACAAGCCAUCAAUAUCAAGUUGGAUCAGGCUCAAGUCUCUGCGUUGAACGCGCUAAAUAGGAACAAACGGUCAUUCACUUUCCAGGGGAUGGGAGACACACAUAGGAACUAUCCGUUCAAAAUCGCAUUUUGA